CGGGGGGGUUAAAGUGGAUUAGAAGUGUGUGUUGUAGGGAAUGUGUGUGUGUGUCACAGUGCAUUACAGCACAUCGGCACGGCACAGCGAUGGCUCCCAAAUCUCCAGAAUCCUCCCGCCACAGCAUCCUCCUCCUCCUGCGCCUCGCUGUGCUCCUUUUGCAGCCGUCGUCGUCUUUGUCGUCGUCGUCGUCCUGCCGUGACCCACAUCCAGCUGACAGUGCUGCUGCAGUUCCAGUCCAUGGUGCAGAUGGAAUGGUGAUAGUGGAUGGACAGCUGAGGACAGAAGAGAGUUUGACACUACAUGAGGUCACAAAAGGGAGGAAGUUACUGCAGACACCAGGAGCCGCACUUCCCUUCCCUCCCCUCAAGGUGCUGUCCAACGGGAGGCCAUGCAUGAUGUUCCAGGCCAGGAGGUUGUAUCUGCGUUACAAAAGGCAGAAGCAAGUGGACCUGACCGAGCAAGCCUUCUCCCCGCAAAAGUCUGUGGACAUCAGCCAGUCGGUGUGCCGCCAGGACAGAGCCACGCUAGUGAUGAGGUUUGGAGAUGUGGACGAUUUGAGAGGCCUAUCCAUCAGGAUGCAGCUCUCCAACACCUUCUACGAGGCUUCGGGCCAGUGGUGGUUUUCUUUGGACAGCGUCUCGGUUGUCUACAACACUUCGCAGGAGGCUGUGUUCAACGCCAGCGAGGUGUUCGCACCGUCCUCGUCCUCUUACCAUUGCUCGCACGUUAGUAGCCUGGAACGCCACAGCGCGCUCCUAAGGCCCGGCAGCGACAACGCCCGCAGCUGGACGCUCACCUUCGCAGACUUCCAGAUCCAGGCCUUCAACGUGACUUCAGGAAGGUUUUCCCCAGUGAGCGACUGCACCACCUUCCUGACACCCGCAAUCCUGAUGGGUCUGGUGACGUCGCUCAUUCUGCUGCUGGUCCUGGCCUAUGCGCUGCACCUGCUUGUCCACCUCAACCGCAUCGAAAACGACCGUGAGCGCAAAGCACACGGUGACUUCCUCCGGAGCCCGGAACAAAUGGAACACUGCUGUGCCGAAAAUGUAGCGGAUAAAGAUGUUCCCUAGCGAAAUACAAGCUUUUAUAGUUUUAUUAUCUGAUAGCAAUCGAUUUGUCCUUUUUAAUAAAUGUAAUAAAGAUAUUUUUACCUACAUUGA